GAAUUCUCUUCUUCCAUGCUCAGCCGUACCUAAGGGCCAGAGGCUGGUUUUGUACUGAUGUCUGGAGAAGAGGUGGAAUGGACAGUCAUUGUCCUAACAUGCCAGCAUAAGGACAGCGUCUUUGCCUUCCACAAAGAGCUUGAGGUCCGUCGGGAUCGAGGUGCCUUGGGCCAACACACUAUCUUGCUCAUGGUUGAAGACCCCAAGGUGCAGGUUGGCAGUGGCGGUGCCACCCUCAAUGCUCUCCUGGUGGCAGCCGAGCACUUGAGUUCUCAAGCUGGCUAUACGGUGGUCACAUCUGAUGUCUUGCAAAAGGCCUGGAUCCUCAUCCUGCAUAUGGGCCGGGACUUCCUGUUUGAUGACUGCAGCCGAGCAUUCACCUGUCUCCCUGUCGAGGAUCCUGCUGCCCCUGUUGAGGCACUCACUUGCAACUUGGACAGCCUGCUGGCUACUUUGAGGCACCAGGUGUGCAAAGGAUCCCCGCCAGGGGUGUGGGUUUGCAGCACUGAUAUGCUUCUGUUGAUCCCAGCCACAACAGAGAUCGAUUGGCAUGGAUUCCGGGGUGCUAGAGUCAUUGCGGUGCCCGGAAGUGUCUCUUACGCUCAGAAGCAUGGAGUCUACCUUGCUGAUGCUCAGGGUGUUGUGCAAGAUAUUCUCUACCAAAGCACAGAAGAUCAGAUUCAACGAUGCAUGGGGUUAGAUGAAAAAGUCCCACUGGUCUGCGGAGUCGUCUUCUUCUCUGCAGAGGCAGCCGAACAGCUUCUGACCACCCAUGUCAUCCCCCCCCUUGAUGCCUGCACCUAUUUGGGGCUAGACUCAGGAGCACCACCCAUUCAGCUGUCCCUGUUCUUUGACAUCCUGCUAUGCAUGGCCCAGGGGGUGGCUGAAGAAGUGUUUGUGAAGGGCCAGAGCCCAGGGAUGGGUAGCGGAGACGCCCAGAAUUCAGCAGCAAUGAGGAACGCCCGAUCUGUGCUGUGGAAGGCCCUCCAUGCAGUCCCGCUUACUAUGGCAUACGUCCAUGGUGGCAGCUAUGACUACAUGAGCAUGUCAGCCAGUGAGCACAUCCUCCACUUAACAGCUCACGAGCGCACGGCUUGCAGCCGAUCCUUCUGCAAAGUGGCCCAUUCAGAUGUGGCUGAGCCAGAACUCCUGGAAGAGGGCUGCUCGGUUACUAACAGUCUACUAGAAGGAGCAGUUUCACUGAGGCCUGGGAGUGCUAUUCAGCACUGCUGCUUGAAGGGUCCCUUACAGAUCCACUCUGGUUGUCUCCUCACUGGGCUGGACAUGGCCUCCUCUGUGGACCUCAGGAAUCAUGUGCUGGAGGAUGUGGUCAUACAGGGACAUGCCAUAAGACUAAGAGACAUCCCUUGCAAAGUGUUCACCUUAAGCGGGCGGCAUGACAACUGGCAGAGUCCAGCAGAGGAAAGCAGCACCUAUCUGAAUGUGCCAUGGGCAGAAUUCUUCCACAGAACAGGAAUACAAAGCCAGGACCUUUGGAGUUCAGACACCCUCCCAAGUGGCCGCUGCCUGCUGAAUGCCCGCCUCUUCCCUGUGCUGCAUGCCUCUGAGCCACUGGGGCUUGGGGACAUCCUGUGGCUGUUGGGCUCCCCCAGGGCCGAUCAACUGCAGCGCUGGCGAGCUUCCUGGCGGAUGUCCUGGGAGGAGCUGCGGACCUGCCUGGACCAGGAGAUGGAGCUGGCCUCCCGCAAAGACCUCUUCUUCCUGCAGGCCCAGAACAAGAUCCGGAAAGUUCUGAUGGGGCACAGCAAUUGCAGCCUGCUGCCAUUGAUCCGCUCGGCGGUCAUUGAGGGCUACCAGGAGGCUGUGCUGAAGACGCUGGAUGAGGUUGCCUCCACAGCCAGUGAUCCUGGAGUGGCCGCUCGGGCUCUUGCCUGCAUUGCUGAUGUGCUGGCUUGCAUGGCCAAAGGGGAAGGAGGUUUACGGAGUGGCCCAGCAGCCAACAAGGCUUGGGCCCCAGCCUUCCAGCAGCUAGAGAGGGGCAACAUCCCUGAGGGUGUGAAGGAGCUUGCCAAGGAGAGGAAGAAAUGGCUGAGCAGGCCCGUCCUGUUGGUCCGCGCUGCUCGACACUACGAAGGGGCGGAGCAGAUCCUCAUCCGCCAGGCAGUGAUGUCUUCUUGCAAGUUCAUCAGUAUCCAGCUGGCGGAGCUGCCUCCUGCGGGCCGCUGGGUGGUGGUGGAGUGUCCUGCCAGAGUAGACCUCUCCGGUGGCUGGAGCGAUACGCCUCCAAUUACGUAUGAACAUGGUGGGGCAGUGGUGGACCUUGCCAUCCUCGUGGAUGGACACAGGCCUAUCGGUGCUCAGGCACGGCGCAUUGCUGAGCCGGAGCUGCGACUGGUUAGCCCCAGUGGCAGGCUGGAGGGAGAGGUGGUGGCGGAGUUGGUGUGUCGGUGCCUGGAGGACCUGCAAGAUUACUGCCAGCCUCAUGCCCCAGGUGCCUUGCUGAAAGCAGCAUUCAUUUGCACCCAAGUUGUCACACUCCAUUCUGAGAAAAGCUUGCAAGACCAGCUGGAGGAACGAUUUGGAGGCGGGUUUGAACUCCGCACCUGGUCUCGUCUGCCUCAUGGAUCAGGGCUGGGCACUAGCAGUAUCUUGGCAGGUGCUGUGAUAGCUGCAUUGUACCAGGUGUCGGGGCACUCCACCAGUGUUGAGUCUCUCAUUCAUGCAGUGUUACACCUGGAGCAGGUGCUUACCACAGGGGGUGGAUGGCAGGACCAGGUUGGUGGACUGGUGCCAGGCCUUAAGAUUGGACGUUCGAAGGCUCAGCUGCCAUUGAAGGUGGAGGUGGAACAGAUUCCUGUUCCGGAGGGUUUCAGGCACACCCUGAAUGAACAUCUGCUUUUGCUGUACACAGGGAAGACACGCCUUGCACGCAACCUGCUGCAGGAUGUUCUAAGGAACUGGUAUGCCAGGCUGCCCACAAUCGUCCAGAAUGCCAAUGCUCUUGUGAGCAAUGCAGAGAAGUGUGCUCAGGCCCUUCAGCAAGGGAACUUGGCUCUCUUGGGCAAGUGCAUGAGCAAUUACAGACUGCAGAAGAAGGUCAUGGCUCCUGGGUGUGAACCUUUGGCUGUCCAACGCAUGAUGGAGGCACUCCAGCCUCAUGUCUAUGGGCAGAGUUUGGCCGGUGCUGGAGGUGGUGGUUUUCUCUAUGUCUUAACAAAGCAGCCAAGGAUGCAGAAUGCUUUGCAAAGGAUCCUGGAAGAAACAGAGGGACUGGGAAAGUUCAGCAUCCACACAGUUGAGGUGGACACAGUUGGUUUCCAAAUCCAGCUUCUCGAAGAGGACCUCCCACAUGUGACGCAGUAGGGACUGCAGCUACAGACCCAUCCCGCAGC